AUGGACGACUUCCGUUUCCGUUCCCAGCAGCAGCAGCAGCAACAGCAGCAACAGCAGCAGCAGCAGCAGCACCAGCCGUCGAGGAACGACAUGUCAAUCUCCUCUCUAGUUUCACCACCUCGCAACGGCAACUCCAGAAUGGUCAUGCAGCAACCAUCCGCUCACGACCAUCGCGCAAACCUCCCUCGCCGCUUCACUACCGAUUCCGGCCGUGUCCCGACCUUGUCCAGCAUGACUUCGCCUGCCAAGGGCCCUGAGCUGUCGCACGACUACUCUUCUCCCAAUCAAACGCUACACAAGGUUCAAUUGAUUGAACAAAAGAAAAUGGAGUAUGAGAGAAUUCGAGAGCAACGCCGCCGCUUCGAGCUGGAAAUGCAAAAGCUCGACCAGCAGCAGCGUCGUGAGGCUCAAGAACUCGCCCAGAUGGAGGAGGAGAUUGUUCGUCUCGGCGGCCAUCAGUCCGAACCCACCACUCCCCCCGAAUAUCGCGACCACAACUCCGGCUUCCCCUCCAUGUUCUCGCGACCGAAUCGUUAUUCCACCUCGAGCCUCACCUCGCCCCCGGGUAUCUUUAAUCGCCCCGGCAGAUCAGGCUCGCAGGUGACUUCUCCGCCUUCUGGCAUCAUGCAGCCUCGUUACGGAUACGACGAACUGUUGCUGCCCUCGCGAUCUGUUCCCACCACUCGUCGAAACAGCGACGAUGAGAAAGAGGAGGCUGUUCGACAGGAUCCUUCAAGCCAUCGAUCUGGCAACGCGUUCAACCGUUAUUCGAUGCCAGUCACCAAGUCCAAGAACGGUUUGUAUGAGGUGAACCUGGACCAAACCAACACGGCUCGAUUCCUGUUCGGCGAGGAUGAACCAAGUGCCUUUCCACGGCGCGACACCCCGGACCACAACUUCCCGACACUUGUGCGUCGUGAUGACCAGAUUCUUUCUGCAUCUUCUGCCGCUCUCGACCUUGCCUUGUCUCCAUCGCCGAAACCUGAUGCCAGCAGAAACUGGGGUAAUGUUAACCGACAUCGCGCACAGCAGAGCCUCUCCUCUUUGAACACCAACGGAAGUUCCAGCCAGCUCGGUGAUUUCAGCGCCAUUGGAAGCCGCCCUGCUUCUAUGCGCCAUUCCCUUGACCUCAAGUACAUCCCCGAGAGCGGCGACGGAAACGCUGGUGUUAUUUCUCCCAAGGGCACUCACGUUGUUACAACUCCUCCCAAGCUUCAGAGCUCCUUCUCCGCCAACGAGAUCACCACUGUCAAGAACUCCUCUGGAUCUUCCAUGAUGGCCAACAAUGCCAACAACCACGCCCAACAGCAUUUUCACAACCACAACGCCAAUAUGGGAAGGAUCCCCGCUGGGGCUGUGCAAGCACGUCACAGUCGUGAACUUUCUAGCGACAGUUCCAUGAAUGCCGGUCGAGACCAAGUGAACCCUUACCAGUCCCUUCACUCUGCUUUGCAAGCAAGUGCCGCGCCAUUUGGCCCUAGCAUGACCACCUCUGCGGCUCCUUUCAGUUCUGCAACAGCUACAUCCGGUUCUACAUCUCCGGCAAUGAACGGUAUGAAUGGCAUGAACGGUUCUAACGGAUUGAACGGCAUCGGUGCUAUGAACGGAAUGACCGGGUUCCCUGGCUACUAUCCUACGAAUGGGUACCAGACCAACGGCGCCAAUGGUGCACAAUUUGGUGGGCCAAUGCUUGCAGCCGGCAUGCAGCAGCUGAAUCUUAAUGGUGUUGCGUCUGGUAACAUGUAUCCUGUGCAAACCUUUUCAGGGUACAACGGCGUUCCAUUCCAGCACGGCCCUGGGGCCCCUCAGAGAGACAGCCAGGCUCGUGUCAUUCAGAAUCGGCGACAGCAACUGGACCCUGACGCCAUGUCUCGCUACCACAACAUGCCUCUCGAAUCUUUCCGUUCCCAGAUUUACGAUCUCUGCAAGGAUCAACACGGUUGCCGAUAUCUCCAGAAGAAGCUAGAAGAACGCAACCCCGAGCAAGUUCACAUGAUUUGGUUUGAGACCAACCAGCACGUCAUCGAGCUCAUGACGGAUCCAUUUGGUAAUUAUUUGUGCCAAAAGCUCCUCGAGUUCUGCAAUGACGACGAGCGAACGGUCUUGAUCCAGAAUGCCUCUCAAGACAUGGUUCGCAUUGCCCUCAACCAGCACGGCACUCGCGCCCUGCAAAAGAUGAUUGAGUAUGUCAACACUCCACAGCAGGUUCACCUCAUCAUCGAAGCUCUCCGAUUCCGCGUUGUAGAGCUCAUUCAAGACCUGAACGGAAAUCAUGUCAUCCAGAAGUGUCUUAACAAGCUCACUUCUCUUGAUGCACAGUUCAUUUUCGAUGCGGUUGGCAAUAACUGUAUCGAAGUUGGCACCCAUCGCCAUGGCUGCUGUGUCUUGCAGCGCUGCAUCGACCAUGCAUCUGGAGACCAGAAGCAGUGGCUCGUUGCGCGUAUCACUGCCCAUGCCAGGAUUCUUGUCCAGGACCCGUUCGGCAACUACGUCGUCCAGUACAUCAUCGACUUGAAUGAGCCAACAUUCACCGAACCGGUUGUUGCUACUUUCCAAGGAUGCAUUGGACAGCUCUCUCGCCACAAGUUUAGCUCCAAUGUCAUCGAAAAGUGUCUUCGGUGCGCUCAACCGCCGUCGAGAGAUAUGAUUGUGGAAGAAAUGCUGGCCGCCCCAGAAAUUGAGCGUCUUCUCCGGGACUCCUUUGCCAACUAUGUGAUCCAGACGGCUCUCGAGUUUGCCACCCCUCAACUGAAAUAUCGCUUGGUGGAGGCCAUUCGACCCGUUCUGCCGCAGAUCCGUACAACACCUUACGGACGCCGCAUUCAGGCAAAAAUUUCGGCCUACGACGGUCGCGGAAGCGCUGUGUCCAGCGGCCAAGCUACCCCAGCCGAUAACACACAAGGGCAGAUUCCUCUGCGACCUGCCCACGCGAGGGGUAUGUCUGGCACCAUUGCGCAGAACAACCUCGCUGCCAACGGCGCUCCUGCGUCUAGCAGUGAUAACCAAGCUGCCCGCCAAAACAUGCCCCCGUACGGCGGCAACGGUGCAAUAGCUUCGGCGGUCCCGGCGCAAACCCAUGUUCAGCAGCCUCAAUUUGGACAGAAUGGCAGCAACACCAAUGGUGUGACUAUGCAGUCGCCCAUGAAUGGUGGUGCAGAGAACAUGGAGCCUCGCUGGGUGUAA